AUUCGUAUCCAUCUCAGCGCUUCUGACAAGUCGAUCAAUUCGUCGCGAGUGUCGACGGAGACGGCCAUGAGCGGAGGUAGUCGACGGACGGCCCGCAAUCGGGGGCGGCCGCCGACUAUAGAUGCCAGUGACGGAAAAUCCCACCGCGACUCCCGCCCUGUGGAUGCGGUGAGAAAGGUUCGGAGCCGCGAUCAUGGCCCCAUCCGUCUUAUGGACGUCAGCCUCAAGACCCUUCUAUGGUUAGGGUUUGGGUUCCUGGCUUUCAUUUCUGUAUUUUUGUUGAUUUAUAAUCAUCAUUGGGAAUCUUGGCACGAGUCUCCGGCUUUGAUGAGGUUGAGGAGGGUUGUCACCCCUUUGCAGGCCUCUAAGAUGAUGGAUCUUGCCCAGUUUCAAGGAGAGCAUAAGGAAAGCCUGUACUGGGGCACAUACCGGCCCCAUGUCUAUUUCGGAAUACGAGCAAGAACUCCACAGUCACUAAUUGCUGGACUAAUGUGGAUAAGCAUGCGAAAUGGUCAGUACUUUCUUCGCCAUGUUUGCCAAGAUUCUGAUGAUCUAAGCACAUAUGGAUGGAAAGAUCACAAUGGUAGGAGCUAUGGUCGUCAAUUAAUUGUCGAUCAUGGAUUAUCAUUCACAACUAGUUUCUUAAAGGAGAAGAAGGAAGGAAGUGGCUUUGGAGGUGACUGGGCUGUCAGAUUGGAUCUACAGAAUGCAAAAUCAAUUGUACAUGAGGGCAAUGAAGAGACUACACACCUUUUCUUUUAUAUUGCUGAUGAGGAAGGAAAUUCUUUAAAUGUAAAGAAGCAGCUAUUUGAAACACGUGAUGCCACCCUACUGGCAUUUGGAACACGCAAUGAUAUUGGAGGUUGGGAACUGCAUUUAGAUUCCCAGAGACAUGUGGAUACUCAUUUUUCUGGGUUCAGAACCCAUCAUAUGCACAAUUUGACAGAACUCGUUCAGGGUACUCUUGCAUUUCAAGCAAGAAGAACUGGGGAACUUCAGCUAUCUGACACAAUUGAAGAAUCUUCAAAUGUAGUUGUUAUUCAGAUUUCAACUGUUCUUCCUGCAAAACUAGAUAUUGCUUUUGUAUCUGGAACUAAUAUGGAAGGCUCUUUGGUGGAUCAACGUCUCCACAGUCUUACAGGAGACAUAUUGUCUACUCGUCUAGAUGAGAAGCAAAAGGAAUUUGAAGACAAGUAUCUUAGAUAUUUUAAACUGAAGGAUAAGGUUGAUUCUGAACUGAUGGCUGUUGGUAGGGCAGCCUUAGGAAAUCUGCUUGGAGGAAUUGGCUACUUCUAUGGUCAGUCAAAGAUUGCCUUACCAGAAGGUUACACUCAAAAGAAUGGGGAUAAGUUUAUUUAUUAUUGGCCAGCUGCACUUUUUACAGCUGUUCCUAGUAGAUCAUUCUUUCCAAGAGGUUUUCUUUGGGAUGAAGGCUUCCAUCAAAUGAUCAUCGGGCGUUGGGAUGCUGAUUUAUCCAUGGACAUCAUUGGGCAUUGGUUGGAUCUCAUUAAUGCUGAUGGAUGGAUUCCUCGUGAGCAGAUUUUAGGUGCUGAAGCGUUGAGUAAAGUACCUGAGGAAUUUGUUCUUCAAUAUUCAACAAAUGGGAAUCCACCAACUUUAUUUCUUGUUAUAAGAGACUUACUAAAUGGCAUACGGUCAAGUAAAUUUUCACCUCAGGAAACCGAUGAGAUCACUGAUUUCCUCAAGAGAGCCUAUGUCCGCUUGAAUGCAUGGUUCCAAUGGUUCAAUAGUACACAAUCUGGAAAUGAUGUAAACACGUUUUACUGGCAUGGAAGAGAUAAUGCAACAACUAAAGAAUUAAACCCAAAGAUUUUUAUUUUACCACAUCAUAUUGUCCUGCAAGCGAAUGAACCUUUAGCCUUUCCUAUAAGGGAUCUUCUUGUUACAAUAUGCUCACAAAAUAAUGGUCAGCAUCGGCAUAAAGUCCUCUCUCAAAUCAUUGAUCAUGUCAACCAUUCUUGUGUAUCUUCAACUACAUUAAGUGAGAAUAUGUUAUCUGCACUUUUUCAUGUCCUUGCUCUACUUCUUCAUGAUGAUGUUAUGGCACGAGAAGUUGCAUACCAAGCUGGGCUUGUAAAGAUUGCCAUGGACCUGCUUUCUCGAUGGAAUCUUGACUCUCUAGAUGGUGUAGAACCUCAAGUUCCAAAGUGGGUAACUGCAUGUUUUCUUUCUGUCGAUCAGUUAUUGCAGGUGGAUCCUAAGAUGCCUCCAGGAAUAGUAAAUCUGGAACAAAUGAAAAAUGAUACUCUUAAUCCCCAGCAUUCACUUGUGAUUGAUGAGCAAAAAGAAAAGAAUUGUCAGUCUUGUCUAGCGUCAACUAUGGGUUUUUUGAACAUGGACCACCAGAAGAGGCUUCUGGAAAUAUGCUGCAGAUGUAUUCAGAAUCAGUUACCUUGUGAGAUAACACAUGUGGUGCUGCAGCUGAGCUCUAUGUUAACUAAGGUUCAUCCAGUUGCUGUUAGUUUUCUUGAGGCUGGAGGUUUACAAGCUUUACUUAGUUUACCUGCAAACAGCUUAUUUCCUGGGUACAGUAACGUGGCAGCUGUGAUUAUCCGCCACAUUUUGGAAGAUCCGAAUACUCUUCAACAAGCCAUGGAAUUAGAGAUACGCCAUAGCCUCAUUGCAGCAACAAGCAGACAUUCAAAUGCAAGAGUAUCACCAAGAACUUUUGUUCAAAAUUUGUCUAUUGUUAUUUCCAGGGACCCUGUGGUUUUUCUGAAAGCUGCACAAGCUGUAUGCAGAAUUGAAAUGUUAGGUGACAGACCUAAUGUAGUGCUAUUGAAAGAUCGUGAGAAGGAAAAGUCCAAGGCCAAGGACAAGGAGAAGAUAAUUGAGAAAGACAAAAUAGCUGCAAGUGAUGAAAAGACUACUGGGUUAGAUAUGGCAUCGGUGGUUCCUGGAAAUGGGCAUGGUAAGCUAUCAGAACCUUGUACAAAGAAUACCAAGGCUCAUCGCAAAACUCCACAGAGCUUUACUAGUGUAAUUGAAUACCUUUUGGAUCUGAUAGUGAAAUUUGUCCCUCCAGUCACAAAUUACCAAACUGAUGCAAGUCCUGCUAGCUCGUUAGUUUCAGAUAUGGAUAUUGACUCAACUUCAGCUAAAGGAAAAGAAAAAGUCACCGAUGUUUCAUCUAAAGAUGACAAAAUUAAUUCACAAGAGGCUUUGGUAUCUACUGCGAAAAUUGUUUUUAUUGUUAAGCUGUUGACGGAGAUACUUCUCACUUAUGCUUCAUCAAUUCAGGUGUUACUUCGAAGAGAUGCUGAACUCAGUAGUUCUCUUUCUAGGGGUUUAAAUGGAAGUGUCAGUGGGGGCAUCUUUCAUCAUAUUCUUCUGAAUUUUCUUCCUUACCCAGGAAUUUCCAAGAAAGAUAAAAAAACUGAAGGAGAUUGGAGGCAAAAGUUAGCUACCAGAGCAAGCCAAUUUUUGGUGGCAUCAUCUGUUCGUUCAACAGAAGGACGAAGAAGAAUUUUUUCUGAAAUAAGUAAUGUGUUCAAAGACUUUGUUGAUUCAUCUGGUCAUUGCAGGGCAUCUGAUUCACGUAUUCAUGCCUUUGUUGACCUACUUAAUGAUAUUCUUGCUGCUCGUUCACCAACUGGUUCAUAUAUUUCAGCAGAAGCAUCAGUUACUUUUAUUGAUCUUGGGCUUGUUCACUCUUUAAGUCAGGUUCUUCAAGUGCUAGACUUGGACCAUGCUGAUUCACCUAAGCUCAUCGCAGGAAUCAUUAAGGUAUUGGAGUUAGUGACAAAAGAACAUGUUCAUUCUGCUUACAUUAACACUGCAAAGGAGGACAACUCCCUGAAGCUGGCCACUAUUGAGCAUCAACUAGGUUCCUCUAAUGAUCAAGGGGAUAGGUUUGAGGCCUUGGAAACAAUGUCCCAACCUGAUCACACCGAAGAGGUUCCCAACCAAAGGCAAACAGCUGGUGUUGCCCAAACCUAUGGCAAUUCCAGUUCUGUGUUAGAUGAUAUGGACCAUGAUCGUGAAAUGAAUGGAGUUUUUUCUCAUGAAGCUGAAGAUGAUUUCAUGCACGAAGUAUCUGAAGAUGGUACAGGCAUGGAUAAUGGUGUUUCAAGUGUGGAAAUCAGAUUUGAAAUAUCACAAAAUGUAGAAGAUGAUAUGGGUGAUGAUGACGAGGAUGAAGAUAUGUCAGGGGAUGGAGAGGAAGUUGAUGACGAGGAGGAUGAUGAUGAAGAGAACAAUGAUUUGGAGGAGGAUGAAGUUCAUCAAAUCUCUCAUCCAGAUAUAGAUCAUGAUGACCAUGAGAUCGAUGACGAAGAGUUUGAUGAAGAUGUCUUGGAAGAAGAGGAUGAUGAUGAUGAAGAUGAUGAUGGUGUAAUACUCCGCUUAGAGGAAGGAAUCAGUGGAAUAAAUGUUUUCGAUCAAUUUGAAGUUCUUGGUAGUGACAAUUUUUCUGUAAUGCCUCUUGACAUAUUUGGCUCUAGACGUCAAGGACGUACAACAUCCAUUUAUAAUCUCCUUGGAAGAACCGGUGAUCACACUUCUCUUCAUCUUGAACAUCCAUUAUUGGGGGAGCCUUCUUCUUUUAGACAUUUAGUUCACCAGAGACAAUCAGAAAAUACAGUGGAUAUAGCUUUCUCAGAAAGAAAUCAGGAGAACACAUCAUACAGAAUGGAUGCUAUCUUCCGUACAUUGAGGAAUGGACGACAUGGACAUCGCUUCAGUAUGUGGUUGGAUGAUAAUCAUCAACGUGGUGCAUCUAAUGCUCCUGCAGUGCCUGAAGGGAUUGAAGAACUGCUUGUUUCCCAAUUGCGACAGCCUACACCUGCACAAGACCAAAAUAUACAGACUAGUCUGCAAGGAAAACAUGAACCAAGCCAGUUGCAAACAUCAGAGGCUGAAGUUAGGGAUGAAAUAGAAGCAAGGGGUACUGAGAAUCAUGAGAAUAUUGUUAUCCCUUUACAAGCAAUAGAUGUCUCUCCUAAUACUGGCAUUGUAGCCACCAAUGGCGAUUCUAUUCAAGACACUGGAGUUUCUGGUGCAUGUGAACAAGUGACAGAGAUGCAGUAUGAAUGGGCUGAUGCUGUUGUCAGAGAUGUUGAAGCAGUGAGCCAAGCAAGCAGUGGCAGUGGGGCAACAAUAGGUGAAAGCCUUCGUAGUUUGGAAGUUGAAAUUGGGAGUGUUGAUGGGCAUGAUGAUGGAGACAGGCAAGGUCCUGUCGAUAGACUUCCUUUGGGUGAUUUACCGCCAGCAGCUAGGAUGAGAAGGUCAUCAGCAAACUCAAUCCCUGUUAGUGGUCGUGAUACAUCUCUGGAGAGUGUCAGUGAGAUUCCACAUCAGAAUGAAGAAACUGAUCGGGAUGCACUUCAGGUGGAACAACCAUCAGGCAAUGUUGAUACAAAUGCUAUAGACCCCACAUUUUUGGAGGCUCUUCCUGAGGAAUUGCGAGCUGAAGUACUUUCAUCACGGCAGAAUCAGGUUUCACAGGCUUCAAAUGAGCAGCCUCAAGCUGAUGGAGAUAUCGAUCCUGAAUUUCUUGCUGCACUUCCACCUGAUAUUAGGGAGGAGGUCUUAGCACAACAACGUGCUCAAAGACAACAAGAAUCACAACAACUAGAAGGCCAACCUGUUGAGAUGGAUGCUGUGUCUAUAAUUGCUACACUUCCUUCAGAUGUUCGAGAAGAGGUACUUUUAACCUCGCCUGAUACUUUGUUGGCCACACUAACCCCUGCACUUGUUGCCGAAGCAAAUAUGUUGCGUGAAAGGUUUGCCCAUCGUCAUCAUACUGGAGGACUCUUUGGCAUAAGUUCUAGAAGUCGACGCGGAGAGUCUUCUAGGCAUGGAGAUACUAUCGGGUCUACUCUGGACCGAAAUAUUGAGGCUUCUGCUCGCAGAUCUACAGUUGGAAAACUAAUUGAAACUGAUGGUGUUCCCCUAGUUGGCAUCAAUGAUCUAAAAGCAAUGAUCAGAUUGCUACGUAUAGUUCAGCCUUUGUAUAAAGGUCAACUACAGAGGCUUUUCUUGAAUCUAUGUACUCAUCACGAGACAAGAACUUAUUUGGUGGAAGUUUUAAUGGAUAUGCUAAUGUUGGAUCUACGGGGACCCACUAACACUUCAGUUGAAUACGCUGAAUCCCCGUUUAGGUUGUAUGGGUGUCAGAGUUAUGUCGCCUAUUCCCGUCCUCAAUUUUAUGGCGGAGUGCCUCCGUUAGUGUCUCGCCGUAUUUUGGAGACUCUGGCCUACUUAGCAAAAAAUCAUCCAAAUGUAUCCAAGCUCCUAUUGCAUCUUGUAUUACCAUGUUCACCUACAAGCGUACCUGAAGUAUCGGACAAGGGACACGGGAAAGCUGUUCUGAUGGAGGAAGAUAAAUCCGAGGUUAAAACAGGAGCUUUUGCUAUUGUGUUACUUCUUGGACUCUUGAAUCAACCAUUGUACAUGAGGAGUGUUUCUCAUCUGGAACAGUUGUUAAAUCUCAUUGAGGUUGUUAUUGAUUCUGGCCUGUCAAACAAACCUGAAGCACCAACUGAGCUACAAUCUGCUUCUGACAUUAUGCAAGACACACCAGUUAAUGCUGAUGCUGUUGUGUCUUCUGCUAAAGAGGAUAUUAAAUCAAAGAAAAGUGAGGAUUCUAAAAAGGCUUCUACUUCUGGUACAAACAACAAAAACAAUAUUAGUGAUAUUUUAUUGAGCAUUCCAGAAGGAGAGCUUAGACUUCUCUGCUCUUUGCUUGCACGUGAAGGAUUAUCUGAUAAUGCAUACAAUCUUGUUGCUGAGGUCUUAAAAAAAGUGGUGGCCAAUGCUCCAGCGUAUUGUCAUUUAUUUACUACAGAGCUGGUCAAUUCAGUGCGAAAUUUAAGUAUUUAUGCAAUUAAUGAACUUAACCUAUACGAGGAUGCUGAGAAAGCACUUCUCAGCUCAUCUUCUAUUAAUGGUACUGCAAUCUUGAGAGUUCUGCAGGCUUUGAGCUCUCUUAUUGCUGCAUUGCACGAAAAGAAGGACCCAGUUUCAUUCCCCGACAAAGACCAUAUUAAUGCUCUUUCUCAUGUAUGGGAUAUAAAUUCUGCACUUGAACCUUUGUGGCUAGAGUUGAGCAAUUGCAUAAGCAAAAUUGAGAUCUCUUCAGGACCUCCAUCAGAGCCUGAAUCUAUUUCAGGAAAUUUGGCAUCGACGAGUACAAUUGUAGUAUCACCACUCUCUGUUGGUGCCCAAAAUAUCUUGCCAUAUAUUGAGUCAUUCUUUGUGACAUGUGAAAAGUUGCGUCCUGGGCAAUAUGAAACUGUUCAAGAUUUUGCUACUACGGCAACUGACAUUGAAGAUGCAACUACACCAACUGCACAAAAAUCAUCUUGUGGUCCAUGUACAAGCACCCAUGAAAAACAGGUUGUUUUUGUUAGGUUUCUGGAGAGGCAUAGGAAGUUGUUAAAUUCAUUCAUUCGUCAGAAUCCUGGUUUGCUUGAGAAGUCAUUUUCUCUCAUGCUCAAAAUUCCACGAUACAUUGACUUUGACAAUAAACGGUCUCAUUUUCGAUCAAAAAUAAAACAUCAACAUGAUCAUCAUCACAGUCCUGUUAGAAUUUCAGUGAGAAGAGCCUACAUAUUGGAGGACUCAUAUAACCAAUUGCGAAUGCGCUCACCACAAGAUUUGAAGGGAAAAUUAACUGUCCAUUUUCAAGGUGAAGAAGGUAUUGAUGCCGGUGGACUUACCAGGGAAUGGUAUCAGUUGCUUUCUCGGGUAAUUUUUGAUAAGGGUGCCCUUCUUUUCACAACUGUUGGCAAUGAAUCAACAUUCCAGCCAAACCCCAAUUCAGUUUACCAGACGGAACAUCUUUCAUAUUUUAAGUUUGUUGGACGAGUGGUCAGUAAAGCACUCUUUGAUAGUCAGCUCCUUGAUGUCCAUUUUACAAGGUCAUUUUACAAACACAUUCUUGGUGUAAAGGUUACUUAUCAUGACAUUGAGGCUGUUGAUCCAGAUUACUAUAAAAAUCUGAAGUGGAUGCUUGAGAACGAUAUAAGUGAAGUAUUGGAUCUUACUUUCAGUAUGGAUGCUGAUGAGGAAAAACUGAUAUUGUAUGAAAAGGCUGAGGUAACUGAUUCUGAGUUGAUUCCUGGUGGGAGAAAUAUUCGAGUCACUGAAGAAAACAAACACGAAUAUGUUGAUCGUGUGGCUGAACAUUUGCUAACCACUGCAAUUAGGCCUCAAAUAAAUGCAUUUAUGGAAGGCUUUAAUGAGUUGAUACCCAGGGAUCUGAUAUCUAUUUUCAAUGAUAAAGAAUUAGAAUUAUUAAUAAGUGGACUUCCUGAUAUUGAUUUGGAUGACCUGAGAGCAAAUACUGAAUAUUCUGGCUAUAGCAAUGCAUCCCCUGUAAUUCAAUGGUUUUGGGAAGUCGUUCAGGGCUUCAGCAAAGAGGACAAGGCCCGAUUCCUUCAAUUUGUAACUGGCACCUCAAAGGUGCCUCUGGAAGGAUUUAGUGCACUUCAAGGAAUCUCAGGCUCUCAGCGGUUUCAGAUUCACAAGGCAUAUGGAACCCCGCACCAUCUGCCUUCAGCUCAUACUUGCUUCAACCAAUUGGACCUGCCUGAGUACACCUCAAAAGGACAGUUGCAGGAGAGGUUACUUCUAGCUAUCCAUGAAGCGAAUGAAGGGUUUGGCUUCGGUUGAGAGUGGGAAGGAAGGUGUGCACUUGUACAGAUAGGUGUAUUCGACAGGGUUUUAAAAGCCAACUCUCUCCUUGCCGAGGGUCUGAAGUGUGGUUGCUUGGUCGCACUUAUGGAAUAGGGACUUCCUCAAAUUGGAAUUCAACCAUGAAGUAGUCACCUUAUGAUUUGUGAGAGAAACCCCCAUAUAUGAUAUACCACUCUUACUCCAGGCUGAUGUUGCAGAUUGUGGAUGUGUCAGUCGUCCGAAUCCCCGUGACUGCAAAUCAAAUCGUCUUGUAUGGCGUCUCCUUUGCUAACUUUGUUUUUUUUUCCAUAUUAUUUUUUAGUACAACUUUUGUACUCAAAAAACAGCAAAGCUCUCGUGGAUAUUUGGAACAGAUUGUGAAUGGCAACAUCUUGUUAUUCAGUAAAAUGCAUCCUUUUCUUUUGAAUCA